CAAUCACUCCAAACGCUCUCGCUGGCGGGCACCAAGGCGAUCACCAACGAAGCGCUGCUGCAGCUCUUUCAGAAGGACGGCGAGAAUCAAGCUGACACCUGGCCCAGUCUCACUGACCUCGACCUGUCCUCGCUCCCCGCCGUGAACAAGGAGGUUCUGGCGGCAGUCGCGACUGCAUGCCCCGCGCUUACGACGCUCAAGUUCCAGUACGCGGAUGUGGGCGACGAGGUGGUGGAGGUCCUCCCCUCGCAGCUCACCACGCUUUUCUUGGGCGGCCGGUAUACCAAGGACCCUCUCUACGGGGCCUUUACCCAACGUCUCACCAGCCUUGUCAACGUCUCCUUCGCUAACGUGGAAAUACUUUCCUUUGCCGAUGUCUACUCCCUGGCCGCAGCGCUGCCCAAUCUAAGGUGGUGCCAGUACCCCAGGGGCGAUGUGAACCACUGGUCGGGCAACUCGAGCGUCACAGUAAAGUUCAACGAAAGGGGAGCGACCACGUUCCAAUUCGACGGGGCACGAUUUCAAUUCCUCGCUGUGUUCUCCAGGCAGACCAUCAACUAA